AUGGUGGUUGCACUCGAUAUUACGUUUUUAGGUACUGGAAGUGCUCAGCCCAGUGCCACCCGCAAUCAUCAAGCCAUCGCCUUACGUACGGAUGGGGAGAUCUGGCUUUUUGAUUGUGGUGAAGCAACACAGCAUCAGUUUCAAAAAAGUAAACUGAAAAUGGGAAAAAUUACUCGCAUCUUCAUUACCCACAUGCAUGGCGAUCAUUGCUUUGGAUUAGCUCCUUUACUAUGUAGUAUGACGGAUAACCUCAAUCCUGCCAACCAAAACAACAGUCAGGACGAGCAACGCAUACCUAUCGAUAUUUACGGUCCUUCACCACUGCGAUCCUGGCUUCGAACAACGUUGACGUCGACUUAUUCUAAUCUGGGUCGACCCUACCGCGUGCACGAGCUGUUAUUCAAAGACGACCCUGUAGAUCAAAACCUCUCUCUGCAUAACAACGAGUUGCCCGGUGAAAACAUUCACUUGAACAGUGACCAUGUAUUUGCAUUACCGCUUUUUCACUCUGCUUUAGAAAAAGGCUAUCGUGUACAAGCCGCUCCCAUCCUUCAUUCCAUUUCCUCACUAGGCUAUGUUAUUACGGAGCCUGACUCACCGGGUAAACUCAACGCUCUCAUCCCCAUCAUAAAAAAGCACGCCGCUGCCCUGAAAGAGCAGCAUCACCUGUCAAACCCAAUGACCCUCUUGGGUGACUUACAGCGUACAAAUCAACCUUACACCUUGCCAGACGGCACCCAACUCUUGCCACCGCCACGCCGUCCAGGCCGUCAAAUCGUCAUCUUGGGCGACACCUACGAUCCUUCCGCCGUGGCCAAGAUUGUCACUUCAGAAAACCCCGCCGUAUUAGUGCACGAAGCAACCAAUGCAUUAACAAAGUUAGAUUUUAUGAUUGAAAAACAAAACAAACGCACGCCAUACUCACCUCCCACAUUUGAGGACGUAGAGAAACGGGCAAAAGAGCAUGGUCAUUCCACUCCUCAGAUGGCAGCAGCUUUUGCAAAAAGAAUCAAUUGCCAAAAACUGAUAUUGACCCAUUUUAGCGCAAGAUAUCGAGGAGAUGACUCACCCGAGGCAAAGGAGGUGAUGGAAGAAAUCAGAAAUUUGGCAGUAGCUGCCUUUGAUAAUAGAGAUCAAGAUGUCUUUUGUGCACGAGAUUUGUGGACUUUUGAUGUUAAAAUGACAAGCUAA